AUACAGUCGCCUUUGAAAACUCGUUCCCACCCGAGAUUGCACAAAUUCAAAAUUCUGAUUUAUACCAAACUAGUACACUGGACUCCCCAAAUUGAAAAGGAACUCCCUUUCUUUUGUUACCAAGUUUUUGUUCUUUUUUUUAUACAAACAUACAUAGAAUACGCGUCCGCCGCCAUCAGAACCAUCAGAAGCAACAGAAAGAUAGCCGAUAGACAUGUCCAAGCCGAACUCUGGUAGGCCACUGGUCCGGAAGGUCAAGUUCCUGCUCGACAAGGACAAGGAGGCGGCGGACGAGCUGAAGCAGAAGACCCGGGCGGAGAAGGCCCGGGCAGAGAAGCUUCGGAAUGAAGAGAUGCUCUGCGCCGGCGGCGAUGCCGAUCCGCGAAACAUAAGGAACAGACGGAGGCCACGGAGGCGCCACCACCACGACGAUCCGACGGCCGAGCAGCAAGUAGUUCAGCAGUACGAACAGCAGCACGCCCAGCUUCUGGAUCAGGAUCCGGAUCACCAAAUGCUGUACAACAUCUUCCAGAAGCUGGAGAUGGCCGAGCAAAUAGCGCUCCACCGCCUGGCACGGCUCCUGCCGGAUGUCUGCUCGGCCCACUGGCGGAGCACCUGCCGGAAGCUGGACUUUCGCGUCCUCACCGAGGAGCUGCCGGAGCCGAACCAGAGGAACUACCUGCUGGGCCAAAUGGCCGAGCACUAUCGCUACGUCUACUUCGUGGCCCAUCGCCUGCAGGAGAACCUCAACGCCCUGGAGAGUGCGGGCGUCAAGUCCCUGAACUCUGUUCAGAGGGUGGAGCUGUUGCUCCUCGAGGGGGAGGAGACGCUGCCGCUGGAACGGAUACAGGAGACACCGCUGACGGCCGAUACCGAGGCUGGCGGAGAUGCCAAGCCCAAAGGUAUGGCCCAGUGGCCGCUCCACGCCCUGCCCAAGCUGAUGCGGAAUGUGAAACGGAUGAAGGCCCAGUGCGACGUUCAGGUGCACUUCAUCGAACACUUCGCCCAGCUGGAGCUGCUCAUCCUGUACGGCUCCAUAUCCCAGACGGCACUGACCGGCAUCUUCGAGCGCUGCCAGAAGCUGGAGCGGCUCUUCCUCAAGUUCAAUGACCGCAACUACAACCAGAACCUCAGCCUGAAGUCCAUCCGGAAGAGCACGAAGCUGAGGGAUCUCUCUGUGCCCGUGGCGCUCUUCAACCGCCAGAAGGAGAUGCUCAUGGAGCUGCGGCAGCUCCAUCUCCUCGAGCUGACGCACUGCGAGAAGGACGUGCCCCUCACCAUCGAGUGCAUGAGGUUCGUGCUCAACCAGAAGGCGGACACCAUCGAGCAGGUCCAGCUGGACUGCAAGUGCUUCGCCAAGAAGCACAUCAACUGGAUGCAGGACGUCGGCCUGGAGCGGUGCAGUCGUCUGCGCGGCCUCGUCCUGGUCAACUGCAUCUUCGGCAACCGGGAGAUCUGCCAACUGACCCUGCCCUGUGUCCAGAAGUACAUCGCCCUCAUCGGCUGCAAGGACAUCAAGGAGUACCAAGUGCUGGACAUGGUCCGGCGGUGUUCAGGUCUCAGUGAGCUCUACCUGAUCGACUGCCCCCAGCUGACAUGGAAGAUGCUCCAGGGACUCUAUCGUAUCCGCAGGGGCGAGAACAUCUCCUAUCCCCUGACAGUUGUGCUGGGACAGUGUCCUACCCUUCGAACGGACUACCAGUCCAUGUACUCGAACUACUGGUGCUUCAAGCUGGCCUACCUCAAGAUAGAACGGAUCCAGGGCGAGAGCCGGCCCAUCGAGGACAUCCAGAUAUUUUUCUACCAGAACACGCCGCAGGACAAGAAUCUGAAGCCGGCGCUGAAGAAGGGCUCUACGCAGAACUAGACUUUAGAUCUUAGACCUUAGACCUUAGGAGGAGUAUCCUUUUGUUGGAUAGACAGAAUGUUGAUAGGAUAGCUUGAAUACUAUAGCUAGCAACUAAAUAUAUAUUGUUUAAAUUUCGUAGACUCGUAAA